GUGAGCCACCUGUGAUUCAGGUCAGGGCCUAGGAUUGCUUCCGCCUGCCAAGAUGAUUCCGUUGAGCCCAGAAAUCAAAUUUUCCAUAUUUUCAGAGCUUGGCUUCUAUCCUAUUUGUACGUUUUGUACCUCUUUCCGAUUGCUUCACGAAGGUGGUUCCGCGCAAAUCGUUUCUAAGAAUAAAUUGCGCAUGCCGUAGGUGUUUGUUAUAUAAUCGACUCUGUGAUUUUAUUGAACAAAAAAGAGCUCUUAAAUGAAACACUUUAGAAGCGUAUAAUAAAUAAUUAUAUAUAUCGUAGUGCAUGCUGGUAUUUGCAUGGUAAAUUAAGUAAAUUUGAAAUGCUUAAUGAUUGAACUGUUAAAACAAUUAUAUUCCUACAACUCAAUUCUUGUCAGGGUAUAUCAUUAAAAAGCGUGGUAACAACUCUAUAUCUUAUGAUGAAAUGUGCAGUAGCGUGCGAAAAUAUUGAACCUGCAACUUCCCUCUUUUCUUUCCGAUAAUUUUUCACUGGAAACACAGAUCUGCGACUGUGAUAAAUUAUGGUUUAGAAAUUUCCUCUGGCUUUGAUCAAUUCGCAUUCCUGAUUAAAACUUAUCACAAUAAUUGUGUAUUUGUAUACAGCAGUAAAAAAGCAAUGCUUUGAUAAAUCGUCACGCCAUUCGGGAAUUGACUUUAAUUUUAAAUGUUCGGUCCCACCGCAAGAUUUGGAAAGGAAUAAAAAUAAUACUGAAGAAGACAAAUCACUGCUUAAAAUGUCUAAUAGUUGAUUUAUUGCUCAGGGUUAUUAUUGUCUUCAUCUAUUACGUUAAGAUGCAAGCACCAAAGUUAUUAUUUUUAUGAAUCGAUGAUAAUUUAUGUAUUGCGGACGAAAUUGUUAUGCAGAAAAAUGCGAACGUUGCUUUGUGCGCAAAAAAAUGUUCGUGCAUAUGUUUAAAGCACAAAGUGACGAUGAUGCAAAAACCAAAAGCAUGUUCGUGAAUUAAACUAAAUAUAUUAAUCUUGAGUGUGUCGGGAGCCUUCAAUUUUUGCCAAAGUGACGAAGAACCGCGAUUACAUUCGAAUUUUUGAAAACCGUGUGUGCAGUAAGGAAUUUUUGUAAAAGAUACGACUGUGAUUGCAGUUCCCUUUGCAUUAAAAAUAUUCUCAUUAAAUGCCAAAACGCGCAUCCGCCUCACAUAAUAUAGAUAUUCAAAAUCACGGAUAAAAGGUAAAAUCUUUUCACAAAACGGGGUACAAAUUUCGUGUAAACGCAAGAGACAUAAUUACACUACUACUCGACGUAAGCGACAAAUUUGUGUGAGAUUUAUCAGAGGUAAUUAACUAAAGCGAGCAAGACCAAUGGUUUUAAUUUGACUUUUACUCGCUCUCGUACAAAGCUAUAUUAUUAUGCUGAUGUUUGUGCCGAAUAAAAUGGAUCGUAGCAGACGUUCAAUAAUUUGUAAGUUGACAUGAAAAAAGGGGAUCACAAUCAUAUUCUUCUCGCGAAGAAAAAUUCGUUUGGCAGCCGAUCACGCACACUUGAUCAUUGUGAAUUUUGUUGUAAAAUUUAAUGACGUUUUUAUAUCUGCUUGAUUUGCUCCUAGCAAAAAAUGCUCACUGCCCCUGAAAAAACUUUGUUCUUGCUGAACCCUAUUGUUGCUUAAGACUCGACGAGUUUAAUUUGCAUAAUAUGAGGUUCUCAGCGCAGAAAGAACAAAAUUGUUUGCUGCCUUUGUAGUUAAAUGUAUGUGACUUGGAUAUGAGUGUUUUGUAAUCCACGCGUUAGGAAAGAGUGUAACAAAAAUUAUUCCUGUCGAAAAUUUGCAUGGAGAAAAUUCAAUAAAACCGGAGUGGUAGAAUACAUUCUGCGUUUAGCUUUUCCUACUCGUACUAAAAAUAAAUUAAAAAAAUUCGCAAGGUAAUUUUGGCCGGGAAUGUAAGUAAUUUAUCUUGAUUUUUCCUAGAGCCACAAAAAUUUCUAGGUCUAUAUUUCAUAGCAGUAUCAACAUUAUUGAAAAAUGUAAACAAUUCAAACAAAAUCUCACUAUCAGACCAAGAAUAUUUAGUUUAAUUUUGUUAAUAUUAAUAUAGCUCUCUAUUGUUGCACACUUAAGAGGAAAUACAUUAAAUCUUGCAGUUGUUGCAAGCAGAAAUUCGCGGAGGAAAUGAAUGAAGAGCUGAUAGAAAAGAAGCGUGCCGACGGCAUGCGGCUGCUGAUUGAGUCGAACCUCGAAGAAUUGACUAGUCUCUGUGAGAUCAUAGCAACCGAGGUGAUCAGGGUGAAACCUGGAGAAAACUGCUAUUGGUUCAUCUACCGCAUUCUCCAAGGCAUGAUCAAAGCUGAAGAUGCUCUAAGGGUCUGCUCCUUGCUUGAUGAUCAAGACGUGAAAUUUGAAGGUAGCGAAUGGGACGGGCCAAACUACAAAAUCAAGCCUCAUAUUCUUGACUAUUAUAUAAAGGAGAGCUUGGAUCACUACUUUAGAAACGGACUGAAACAACCCGCCGUCCCUACGGUUCCUGGAUGCGACGGCUGUCAAGACCCUGAAACCAAAAUCUGUCCGCCAGCAAUGCUCGAGCAUCAUCGUUCCCACACCAUUGGCGACAUUUCAGAGUUUUCUUCUGGCACUGAGAACCGUCGGGUCGAGCGCCAGCAAUCGUGGCACGUGCUGCAGUUCCCUGAAAUGCUAAUGCCGCUGCAGAAACCAGCCACAAAUGACAACGAGGGGAGCCCAGAGGAGACCGAAGUAAUAGGCGAAUUGCAGCAGGACCUGCUUGUCACUGACGUUGAGCCGAACAGCCCUGACAACGAGGACCAUGAGGCCCUAUCAAGUCCUUGCGCGCCUCCGACAUCUCCGAGAGUUUAAGAGGGGGAAACCCUUUACCUCAUUAAAUAUUUUUAUUUGAUAUUUAUGUUUAUUUCAAAAAUUUUCCAUUUGUUUUGUAUC